CCCAGCGGCUUCCAGCCGCGUUCAUGGCGGUGGCAAGGAAGAUCAAAACUUUGCUGACGGUCAACAUCCUGGUGUUCGUGGGCAUCAUCCUCUUCUCCGUGUACUGCCGCCUGCAGGACCGGUCCGAGGGGCUGGCGCAGCUCGUGCGCAGCGCCGACCGCCGGGUGCGCAGCCGGCUGGCCAAGGCGGGCGCGCUGGCCGACCGCGAGGCCAUCCUGCAGCGCCUGGACCACCUGGAGGAGGUGGUCUACAACCAGCUGAACGGCCUCGCCAAGCCCAUGGGUCUGGUGGAGGGCCCAGGGGGCCUGGGCCAAGGUGGCGUGGCGGCCGCUCUGCGGGACGAUGGCCAGGAGGCCGCGGGCGACUACGAGGAGUACGGCUACAACGCGCAGCUCAGUGACCGCAUCUCCCUGGACAGGGCCAUCCCCGACUACAGGCCCAAAAAGUGCAGACAGGUGACCUACUCGGACGACCUGCCCCAGAUGUCUGUGGUCUUCAUCUUCGUCAACGAGGCGCUGUCCGUCAUCCUGCGCUCCGUCCACAGCGUGGUCAACCACACGCCCUCCCCGCUCCUCAAGGAGGUCAUCCUGGUGGACGACAACAGUGACAAUGUGGAGCUCAAGUUCAACCUGGACCAGUACGUCCACAAGAGGUACCCGGGCCUGGUGAAGAUCGUCCGCAACAGCAGGCGCGAGGGCCUGAUCCGGGCGCGGCUGCAGGGCUGGAAGGUGGCCACGGCCCCCGUCGUCGGCUUCUUCGACGCCCACGUGGAGUUCAGCACCGGCUGGGCCGAGCCCGCCCUCACACGGAUCCGGGAGGACCGCCGGCGCAUCGUGCUGCCCGCCAUCGACAACAUCAAGUUCGACACGUUCGAGGUGCAGCAGUACGCCAGCGCGGCCCACGGCUACAACUGGGGGCUCUGGUGCAUGUACAUCGUCCCGCCCCAGGACUGGCUGGACCGCGGCGACGAGGCCGCGCCCAUCAGGACCCCCGCCAUGAUCGGCUGCUCGUUCGUGGUGGACCGAGAGUACUUCGGGGACAUCGGUCUCCUGGACCCGGGCAUGGAGGUGUACGGAGGCGAAAACAUCGAGCUCGGCAUGAGGGUGUGGCAGUGUGGCGGCAGCAUGGAGGUGCUGCCCUGCUCCCGCGUGGCCCACAUCGAGCGCACCCGGAAGCCCUACAACAACGACAUCGACUACUACGCCAAACGCAAUGCCCUGCGGGCGGCCGAGGUCUGGAUGGACAGCUUCAAGUCCCACGUGUACAUGGCCUGGAACAUCCCCAUGACCAAUCCAGGGGUGGACUUCGGGGACGUGUCCGAGAGGCGGGCCCUGCGCCAGAGGCUGAAGUGCCGCAGCUUCAAGUGGUACCUGGAGAACGUGUACCCCGAGAUGAGGACCUACAACAACACCCUCACGUACGGAGAGGUUAGAAACAGCAAAGCCAGCGGCUACUGCUUGGACCAGGGCGCGGAGGACGAUGACCGAGCGAUCCUCUACCCCUGCCACGGGAUGGCGUCCCAGCUCGUGCGCUACAGCACCGAGGGCCUGCUGCAGCUGGGCCCCCUGGGCUCCACCGCCUUCCUGCCUGACUCCAAGUGCCUGGUGGACGACGGCAGGGCCCGCGCGCCCGCCCUGAAGAAAUGCGAGGAUGUGGCCCGGCCGGCACAGCGGCUGUGGGACUUCACCCAGAGCGGCCCCAUCGUGAGCCGGGACACCGGCAGGUGCCUGGAGGUGGAGAUGUCCAAGGACGCCAACUUCGGGCUGCGGCUGGUGCUGCAGCGCUGCUCGGGGCAGAAGUGGGCCAUCCGGAACUGGCUCAAGCACGUCCGGCACUGACCACCGCCCGGCCUCCCCGCCCACCGGGGGCCGGAGCCCAGAGGACCCAGCUGGGCCCGCGCCAUCCUGGGCUGGGCCCUCUCCUGGGCGGCUGGUGGGUGUGGGUCAGAGGGGCUGCCCUCUGGACUCUGGACCCUCCCAGCCGGGCGGCUCUGCCCGAGGGGCCCACAGUCAGCUCUGGCUCCGAACCACGUGCCUUUUCCGAGGCUUUCCUGCGCAGCCGCCUGGACGGCCAUCUCUGCAUGUGCCAGAGCCGCUGCACACCCCCCGCAGAAAUGCCCCCGGGGUCUCAGAGCAGCAGGCCAGCCCUCGCUGAUGUGCCCCCCCUCCAGUGGUCGCCCGGUUGGACACCAGGAGCAAGCAAAGCACCAUCUCAGCUCGGACAGUGUCUCAAGGCUGUGCCCACAGGGCAGCGUCAGGCCAGUGCAGAGCAGAUUACGUGACAGAGACACACGUCUGGUCCGUGGAGUCGGAACUGGUCAGGGCAGCAUCCCUGUCCCAGCAUCUCACGCGGGCCAGGCGCCUCUCCUUGUUGCUGUAAGGCCAGCAAACAAGGACGCACGGCCCCGGCCCGUUUUUAUAAAUAAAGUUUUAUCCGCACAUGGC